UUGCUGAACAACCGCUAGUUGGAAAUUAUUCAGAAAUCCUCUCUGCACACUGGGAGCCACCGCCAGCACCAGAGACAUGUAAACAAAAAGCGAAUUUAAUAGAUUUUGGCCUCUAUGUUUUAGGCAAAAAUCUGCAGAGAUGGGCAAGCGAGAUAACAGAGUGGCGUACUUGAAUCCAAUAGCUGCUGCCAGAGCCAGAGGACCUGCACCCAACACCGGAACCACCAUUCAGGAUUAUCUCAGCAGACCACGGCCAUCAUGGGAGGAGGUAAAAGAACAGCUCGAAAAGAAGAAGAAAGGCUCCAGAGCCCUGGCUGAUUUCGAGGACAGAAUGAACGAGCGAUGGAAGAAGGAACUGGAGAAAAACAGGGAGAAGGUACUUGGUGGAGGUGAAAAGAAAGAAAAAGACAAAGAGAGGGAAAAGAAGGAGAAAAAGAAGAAGGAGAAGAAAAAGUCCAGUAGGCAUUCCUCAUCUUCCUCCUCCUCCUCAUCGAGUUCUGAUUCCUCCUCCAGUUCCCCCUCAGACUCUGAAGAUGAUGAUGAGAAGAAAAAUUUGAAAAAGAAGAAAAAGAGAAAAAGAUCCUCUGCCCGGAGAGCGUCCGAUGACUCUGACACGGAGUCCGAGACUGAUAGCAGGGAGUCAUUCAAGAAAAAAAGGAAGAAAAUGGAUGGAGAGAAAGACAAGGAUGAAAAGGAUGGUCGAAGGAAAAGGAAAGCUGAAAGGAGUCACUCUGAGUCUUCAGACGAGUCUGAUGUAGAUAGAGAUGGUGAGCCCAAAAAAAAGAAACACAGUAGUGAAGAGAAGGAGAAAAUUACAGACAAGUCCAAGAAGAAAAAGAAAAAGAAGAAGCAUAAGAAACACAGCAAAAAGAAAAAGAGGAAGACUUCUGGCUCAGAGUUGGACUGAAGGGCUAGUGUGGCGUCCUGCGUGACGGACGGCUGGAAUUGUGAGUGGGAAUGGAGACGGAGCUCUGGCCAGGCUGUGGGGAAAAAAACCCCAUUAGAUAUCUGUCCAAGUGACUCUUAAAUCCGGGUGCUUCUUAGCACCGUACGGCUGUGUUGCCGACUUGGAUGAAAGGAUCAUGUGGUGGGGCACUUGAAAGGGGUUUGGGGUUCAUUAUGCUAUGUGUUUGUUUUUUAAAGCAGAUGAUUCUCAGUCCAAAUAAAGGUCAUUUACACCACCGCCGGCCCUGUGUACAGUAUGUUUGUGCUGAUGUGGGUUAGAAAUGCUGGUUUACGAGAUGUAAAGGCAGUCGAUUUGCAUUAAAUAUUUUUAGAAGAUUCUUGUUUCUGUUUUUCCAUAUGAACUGACAUUUGGUUUCUUUCUGUGAUGUCAGAAUGAACCAGUGUUUCCUGCACCGAUCUUCAGCGGCACAACAAAACAAAUCAUAUUUUCCCCAGGUUGUGAAUAUGAGUUUGCAUUCUGUGUUAAAUGUAAGUGUUUAUACUGCAAAAAAUGGCACAGAUGACUCUUAUGAGCCAGAUCUUUUAAUAAAUUGUUUGAAAAGACUCACAAA